AUGGCCACCUUUUUCGUCGGCUGGGAGCUGUGGCAGGACAUGACCUUUGUUCUGGCCUGCUGCAUAGUCCUCGUCUUCCUCUUCGGCGUCGUCAGGCUGUGGUUGAGCAACCGGAAGCUGCGCAAGCACGAGGUCAUCGACGAAGAGCGCCGGGUGCGCCUCGCAGAGAUGCGACACUGCGGCAUCGAAGCCCUGCGAACAACAAACGAGAUUCCCUUUGGCGUCCGCGCCCUCGAGAGCGGCGUCGAGGUCGAGGGCAUCUGGAUAUCGCGGUCUAAUACGCCCGAUGGCUGCCACACCCCGGCCUCGGCUGCGCCCAUGGACGAGCAGGGUGCAGGCAAGGGCAAGGAGAGAAUGGUCGAGCUGGGACGGCGUCACAGCCCUGAUGCGCCCUCUCGGACGACGACGAUGCACAGGGCCAUGUCACCAGCGGAACCGUCGAGCGAUCCCGACAACGCCUCGAUGGAAGAAGGUCGGCCGUCUGGGGAACCACACCCUAGGCUGUAUACGCCCACGGGGUUCCGCAACGACCAGCGGGCGGUCCACGAUUCGCGCCUGUCUCGUGGCUGGAGGGCAUCCGCGAUUGCGCUGUCCGAUACGCAGCAGCGCCCGGUCGCGGCCGGGCCCGUCCCCGGCCGGCCUUGGAUCGAUUUCCCCAGCGACGCGGCGCCCUAUGGCGCGGCCGCGGUCUACGCCAACAGGAGCACGAGGCGGCUGAACACGGGGUUCGAGGUGCUCCCCGCCGGCGUCCUCGGGCCCAGGCAAGAGUUCCUGGCCCACGGCGACGCAGACGGGUGCGAGGUCGAGGUCGGCAACAUCCGCCAAGGACAGUCGUCCAAGUUGCAGAAGAGGGCCCGCGGUUGA